AUGAUAUAUUCUAAAAAUAAAACAAAAGAUGAAAUAUUAUCACUAUACUUACAAAAUAAAGCAAAUAAAUUUGUAACUAGUGGUCUUUUUAAGCAAUAUUCAUCUGCAAAUACUUUCCAAAAUAAAGUAAAAAAGUUAGAAACUGAAAAUAAAAAAUUAGUAAAAUCUUUAGAAAUGUCAAAUCAUAAGCUUAGAUCAUUCUGCAUGAAGCUUGUACAAGCACUUGGAAAAUUACAAAAUGCAAUUUCUAACCUAUAUAUUAUUUUUGAAAAAGAACUUGUUAAAGCCCAAUCAAAAUUAUGUAAUCAUAAAUUUGCUAUUUUAAUUCAAGACAUAAAACUUGGAUUAGAAAAGCUUAAAGAAUUUUUAAAAUAG